AUGCCCUUCGGGACGGUGACUCUGAAUGACGGGAACGAGUUCCCCACCAUCGCGUUCGGGAGCGGAACACUCUUGAAGGGCAAAGAUGCAUCGGAUUAUGUUACGCGUGCACUAGACGCUGGAUUCUGGCACAUCGACACCGCUCAAUACUAUCAGAACGAAGCGAGUGUUGGACAAGCUAUCAGGGAAAGCGGUUUGGCUCGCCACGAGCUUUACAUUACCACAAAGUAUGGAUUCGGUAGCAUUGAAGACGCGUUCCAGGGCAGCCUGCAGAAACUCGGUUUGACAUUUGUCGACCUGUAUUUGAUUCACACGCCGAAUGCAAUCAGGGGGCAAUUUGAAAGCACUUGGAAACAGUUUGAGAAAUACAAAGAGGACGGCUUGACAAGGAGCAUCGGUGUAAGCAACUUUACGCUAGAAGACCUUCGGGAGCUGCUCAAGACAGCUCAUGUCAAACCGGCCGUCAAUCAGAUUCGUUUCCAUCCGUAUAAUUACGCCGAGAACAAGAGCCUCCUUGAAUACAGUGCCAAACACGGUAUUGUGGUUGAAGCGUACAGCAGUCUUACUCCAUUGACGCAAUACCCUGGUGGUCCUGUCGACAAGCCCAUCCAAGCCGCAGCUGAGCGCCUUGGUGCGACACCUGCUCAAGUUAUCUUUCUCUGGGUGCGCAGCAAAGGAGUAACUAUCGUAACUCAAAGCUCCAAGUCGGAGCGCCUUCAGGAAUACCUCGCCGCCGCCGACUUGCGUAAGAAUUCACUCUUGCCUGCGCUCACGGACGACGAGAUUGAUGCUAUCGAUAAAGCUGGAGCUCAGGGCCCUCCGUCGGGCAAUGCUUGGCGCGGAGGUGCUAUCACUGUUGCGAAAGUCUCCGGCCUUUUGCUGGCGAUUGGAAUUGUGACUAAAUAUUGGGGGCUAUGGUAG